AUCCAUUUCUACAUGAACUACAACACAUCAGAGCAGAGCAUGGCAGCAGGGGCGUAGCCACAGGCCGGGAACACGACAAAGCCGACACGCUUCGCGCUUCUCUUCUCCUCAGUUUGGUGGGUUCUGCUCACCAGUCUCGCUCGCAGUAUACAAAGUCUCCAUAGUCCAUCCUACUGCAUUCGGAGACCACGGACUUGGGAAGUUGGAAAACCACACUCUCACCCACAGCUAGGAACCAUGAGGACCAUCAUGGCGAGGAGCCCGCACGAGUCCUCCUUCUCCUUCUCCCGGAGGAACUUCAAGUGGCCUGUUCUUGUCAAGAGCAGCAGCCAUGGCGCCGCGGCCGGCGCGGAGGACGGCUCCGGCAAGGGCUCGGAGGCCGACGACGAGGACGAGGCGGCCAUGGCGUUCUCCUCCAGCUGCCCGUCGUUCCACUCGGAGGACUUCGUAUCCCCGUCGUACAAGGCGCCACCUCCACCGAAGCAGCGCAGCAAGAAGUGUCGCGCGGCGGUCUCCCGGCUGCGCACGGCGCUUGCCUCGGCCAUCGCCGGGCGGCACCGGCAGGUCGGGCUCGGAGCGCGGCUCACGGGCACGCUCUACGGCCACCGCCGCGGCCACGUACACCUCGCGUUCCAGGUGGACCCGCGCGCGUGCCCCGCGGUGCUGCUCGAGCUCGCCGCGCCCACGGCAUCGCUGGUGCGCGAGAUGGCCUCGGGCCUCGUCCGCAUCGCGCUCGAGUGUGACCGCGCCAAGGGCGCCUGCGCCUUGUCGAGCGCCGCGGCCGCAACCAAUGGCGGCGGCUGCAGGAAGCUGGUUGAGGAGAAGGUGUGGCGCGCGUACUGCAACGGCAAGGGCUGCGGGUACGCGGUGCGGCGCGAGUGCGGCGCCGCGGACUGGCGCGUGCUGCGCGCGCUGGAGCCCGUGUCUAUGGGCGCGGGCGUCAUACCGGCGGCGUGCGGCGGUGGCGAGGGGGACGUCAUGUACAUGCGCGCUCGCUUUGAGCGCGUCGUGGGCUCCCGCGACUCGGAGGCAUUCUACAUGAUGAACCCGGACAGCAGCGCCGGCGGCAAUGGCGGCCCGGAGCUUAGCAUCUACCUCCUUAGAGUUUGAUCGCGCAUCUACCUUCGCUGCGCCUGCGAUAGCCACCGCGAUCUUGCAUGCUUUAAGCUGCUGUCUUCUCAUACGUGUGUGUUUUCCUCGUGUGGUUGUGAAAAAUGCGUGUCAGUUUAGACUUCAGACUGCUGCAGAAUGAAACUUUAUUGGAGAACUUUCUUUUUGGGGGCGUUUAUAGGAAGCCUGGUUGGAUUUCCCAUAUUUUGUGAUGUUAGUCAAUCAUCUCCCCUCUGCAAUAAAGGUCACAGUCUCACAGAGUAGAGGCGACGGUGUUGUGGGAUUAAUGCAGAGUAAUGAAACGAGUAUGUCUUCA